AUGGAAGUGGAGAGUGUUGAUGCUCGUUCAUCCUCUGAGGAUAGAGAUAAAGAAAAUCCCCAAGGUUCAAAACCGAAUGGAAGUAAUGAAACUCUUGAUGUUGACACGGGCAAUUCCGAUCCUUUGAACGUUUCAAAGACCACCCAACAAGAGAAGAUUGAUUCGAAUCAAGAAUCGAUUAACCAACGACUCGAUGAGUUACUCGCACGUCUUCCAUCUACCUCAAAAUCGGCUCAACCAAAGGAUUCAGGUGGAUCCAUUAAAUGUGCUCAGAUCGAUAAUCUUCCACUCUUUGGCUCAAUUUCACCAGGAUGGACUCAACAUCAACUUAAUCGAGUACCCAAGCUUGAUUUUCCGAGAUUUGAUGGAGACAAUCCUCGUGGUUGGAUCCAGAAAUGUGAACGUUACUUUUGGUUACACAACAUCGUUGAGAGUCACCGAGUAGAUAUUGCAGCUAUUUAUCUUGAUGGAAAGGCCGAUAAAUGGUUCCUCAAUUUUCAGGUUGGUCGAAAUCGUAUAACUUGGUUUGAAUUUGCUCAUGGAAUUUGUAUCAUAUUUGAGAACCCUGUUGAAGAAAAUUUUAUUGGGAGUUUCAAUAAUCUAGUACAGAUUAACUCUGUAGAGGAAUAUUUUGAAGAAUUUGAGUCUCUCAAAGCUCUUAUACUUUCUAACAAUCCUUCCCUAAGUGAGCACUAUUUUAUCAUGAGUUUCAUCAGUGGGUUGAAGGAAGAAUUAGGAAAUUCUGUAGCUAUGUUUUACCCAAAAUCUCUUUCCACAGCCUUCUCCUUAGCAAGAAUGGAGGAACAAAAGUGUCAUUCUGCUGCUUCCAAAAAUGUUAGACCCAAAUCUAGUUCUUUCACUGACACUAAAUCUUUCUCUACCACCACUUUUCCUCCCAAACCAAUCUCCACAUCUUACACUACUUCCAGGUCUACCCCUACAACUCCAAAGUCGUACUCCCCAACACCACUUAAACCUGCAUCAACCACUCCUAUUAUCAAACGCUUAACACAAGAGCAAAUGCGCCUUCGCAGGGAAAAAGGUAUCUGUUAUAAUUGUGAUGAGUUUUAUUCAUUGGGUCAUAAGUGCAAGGGUAGACAACAAUUGUUCAUGUUGCAAACUGAAAGUUCUGAUACACAUAACACAGAGGUUGAGGAUGAGGUUUUCGAAGAAGUUGUAGAAUCAUCAGUUGAUUCUGACAUGGAGAUUUCUCUUCAUGCUCCACUGGGUUAUCAAUUCUAUGAGGACUUCAGGUUACUUCCACUAGGGGGGUUUGACAUGGUGUUAGGUGCUGAUUGGCUUAGGAAGCUAGGUGAUGUUGUGUUUAAUUUCUCCAAGCUCAGUGUUUCUUUUGUUCAUCAUGGUAAGCAUAUUAAAUUGCAAGGUAUUACAAAUUCACCUUCCCUACUCAUGAUGAGUGGUUCAGCAGUUAAGAGAUUUAUUGAAAAAACUACUCAUGGCCUCAUUGGCCAUCUAUUUUCAGUCACAACUAAUCAUAUACCCCCUCCAACUCCUGCUCCUUUAUUACCUCUGUUAUCUGAAUAUAAGGAUAUUUUUGAUGAGCCUACUUCAUUACCUCCUCAAAGAACCUUGGACCACUCUAUUCCAUUAAACCCAGACUCUCAACCUACAAACCAAAGGCCUUAUAGAUGCCCUUAUAUUCAAAAAGGAGUUGUGGAACAACUAGUGAAAGAAAUGUUGUCUUCUGGGAUCAUCCAACACAGUCACAUCCCAUUUGCCUCACCAAUUCUUCUUGUCAAAAGGAAAGAUAAUACAUGGAGAUUUUGUGUUGAUUAUAGAAGACUCAGCAGCAUCACUAUUAAGGACAAGUUUCCUAUUCCAAUUGUAGAUGAAUUGUUGGAUGAGCUAAAAGGAUUUCUAUUUUUGUCUAAAUUGGAUUUAAGAUCAGGUUAUCAUCAAAUUCUUCUGAACCCUAUGGAUAUCUACAAGACUGCAUUUAGAACUCAUCAUGGCCAUUAUGAGUUCAAAGUCAUGUCAUUUUGUUUAACCAAUGCGCAUGCAACAUUUCAGGAACUUAUGAAUGAAGUCUUUGCUCCUUACUUGAGGAAGUUUGUUUUGGUAUUCUUUGAUGAUAUUCUGGUUUACAGUUCAUCCAUGUCUGAGAACAUUGAGCAUUUGAGAAUAGUUUUUUCCUUACUCAGACAACACUGGAAAUUUGUGAAGAACUAUGGUGCUAUUUGCAAGCCUCUUACUGAUCUUUUGACAAAAAACUCCUUCAAUUGGAAUGCAGUUGCCACCUCUGCAUUUGAGCAACUCAAGCUGUCCAUGUCCUCCACUUCAGUGCUUGCAUUACCAGAUUUUUCUAAGCCAUUCACUGUUGAAAGUGAUGCCAGUGAGCAUUGUCUUGGUGUUGUCUUAACUCAAGAAGUUAAGGCUGUACAGAAAUGGAGGCAUUAUUUGCUGGGUAACAAAUUCUUCAUCCAAACUGAUCAUCGCAGCAUUAAAUACUUUUUGGAACAAAAAAUCACCACAGUUUUACAACAAAAGUGGUUAAUGAAAUUGUUGGGUUUUGAGUAUGAGAUUCAAUACAAGAAGGGUAAAGAGAAUAUAGUUGCUGAUGCCUUAUCUAGAAUACCAGCUCCUGCAGCAACUUGCUCUGCUUUAACUAUGUCUCAGCCAAAUUAG